AUGCGGUUCACAUCCAGCCUCGUCCUCCCCUUCGCCCUCCUCGCCAGCGCGGUCCCCAUCUACGGCCCCGACGGCGGUCCCUCGGGCCACGAGGUGCAGAUCGAGGGCAUCUCCUUCGCCGGAUCCGGCUGCCCGGCCGGCUCUGUCGCGGGCCAGCUGGCCUCGGACCUGACGACCAUCACGCUGCUGUACGACAGCUUCGUGGCCCAGGCGGGCAAGGACAUCAAGCCGACCGACUACCGCAAGAACUGCCAGCUCAACGUCAAGCUGCGCUACCCGUCGGGCUGGCAGUUCUCCGUCUUCCGGGCCGACUACCGCGGCUACGCGUCGCUGCCCAAGGGCGACACGGGCACCUGCAAGGCGACCUACUACUUCUCGGGCGAGCAGAAGCAGAUCUCGAGCACCAUGACCAUCAAGGGCCCCUUUGACGACAACUACCUCAAGUCGGACAGCUUCGGGACCGAGAGCACGGUCUGGUCGCCCUGCGGGCAGGAGGGCAUGCUCAACAUCAACUCCGAGGUGCGCAUCACGCCGCUCGACUCGACGACGCCGGCGCUGUUGACUGUCGACUCGACGGAUCUCAAGUUCACCCAGAUCCACUACCUCCAGUGGCAGACCUGCAACAGGAAGUAA